AUGUGGCCUAGCAGGAGCGUAUCCGGUCUUCAGAAAACAUAUGAUGAAGCGUAUCUCAAAUGUUCCACAGCCGUCUACUAUGAGAGCCAGAGCGAUGAGAAGGAGGCAAUGCUAUGCUGGAGGAAUGCACUGGACCAGAUACAACAGAACUCUACCACCAAGCGGCAGAUGAACUACCACCCCAAGUCGGAAACCGAACGUGCCUUGCUAGACAGUUUACAGGAAUUGGAGGUGCAGUGCAAGGAGAGGAUUGAUCUUCUAGAGGCGCUCAGGAUGUCUCGCCAAGACGACACAUUAUCCCAAGUCACGCAUGCAGAGAUGGAUACAAGCAUAGAGGGCCUACAGCAUCCAACCACGGCUGAAAGGGGAUGGAUUGGCAAUGGGACAAUACCCGCGAUAACAUACACGGAGCUGUCUAAACCGCCGCUACCCAAACGACCGAUGCUACCUCCUAUAAUCCUACCCGAGCCUGGGACGGAGGGACUUCGUAGCGCCACCAUCGACCAACCUUCGCCCUUGUCGUCUUUGACAACCAGACCUCCAUUGCUACCUUCCUACGGUACAUAUAUCCCGAGAAGAGGAUCAUCGAGAACUCCCAGCCCCGAAAAGCAUAUCAUGAAGACAACUCUGAGGUCAAAUAAGUCAGAAAGCCCCUCAAAAUUGUCUCGGCAUACAUCAUCUAAGGUCACCAAGGGCCUUGGGGCCAGUAAAGCAGCCACAUUGGCUUGGGGUAGCCUCGAAAGGGUGCCCCAAGUACGUUUAAACGCAGCCGGCCCGUCAUCAAGACUGCCCGGGACGCAAUCCCACGAGCAUGCGCGGAAAGGUUGCUCUACCACACCGCAUUGGGAUAGCCACACGCGAAGACUAGUAGUUUCCUCCGAUAUCUCUAUCAACAAUACGCCUACAACUGCCCGUUCGAGCACCGAGUUUUCACCGCGGAUUUUGAACGAGUAUUCCCCGACCCCGUCUUCGCUGGCCCUAGGCGCCGCCUCAAGUGCCCUAGGAGCGUUAGCCAUACAGGACCGACAUGAAUCUAGUGCGGCGGAAGCCCAGACAGUCCAGGAUAUAAUAUCAAGGAAAGAAGUAUGGCCAGGCUGUGGCAGACCGAACAGCAUGCCGGCCCGAGCUCUGGCAUCUCGAGAGCCAAUUCUCCAGACCAGUCCGAAGGUAUCCGCUAAGAGGAAGCCCGCGUAUCACGUACCGACUAGUGCGAGUAAGCAGGCAAGCCACCAAAUAUCAGAUGGCGGAAGAAGGGACCUGUCUUCUACCGACGAAGAGAUCGGAGCUAGUUCCUUCACCCAGAGGCUGAAAGGUAAGCAGAGGGGCUCGCGGGUAGCUCACGUCGCCGAUGAUCGGCCCCUGGUGGAAUACGGCCCCGAAGAGGGAAGGACUGUAAGUGACGAAUGGGUGAAGAAGAAAAAAGCGGCUAUAAAGAAUUUACCGAUGGGUAUAGAUGAGUUAGCCGCGAAGGCAAUAUUCAACGAAAUCGUUGUCCAGGGCGAUGAGGUCCACUGGAGUGAUGUCGCCGGCCUCGAUGUCGCCAAAACCGCACUGAGAGAGGCGGUGGUAUACCCGUUUCUCCGCCCGGAUUUAUUCCUGGGCCUUCGUGAACCGGCCAGGGGCAUGCUACUCUUCGGGCCUCCUGGCACUGGGAAGACGAUGCUGGCCCGGGCUGUCGCGACAGAAUCAAAGUCUACGUUCUUCUCUAUCUCAGCGAGCAGCCUGACGAGUAAAUACCUGGGUGAAUCCGAGAAGCUUGUACGCGCAUUAUUUGCAUUGGCGAAAACGAUGGCGCCUAGUAUCAUAUUCGUGGAUGAGAUUGACUCACUUCUCUCGCAACGAUCCGGAUCUGGUGAACAUGAGGCGACGAGAAGAAUCAAGACUGAGUUUCUUAUUCAGUGGAGCGACCUACAACGCGCCGCGGCUGGCCGUGAGAGCACAGGCGGAGCGAAUAGAGAACGAGGCGAUGCGAACCGGGUGCUUGUACUAGCGGCGACCAAUCUACCGUGGGCAAUCGACGAAGCUGCAAGGCGACGAUUCGUGAGGCGCCAAUACAUCCCUCUGCCUGAAGGGGGGACUAGGGCGACGCAGUUGAAGACGCUGCUUGGCCAACAAAAACACAACCUGACAGACGCCGACAUCUCAAAGUUGGUGACCCUCACAGACGGCUUCUCCGGCUCGGAUAUAACAGCCCUGGCGAAAGACGCGGCAAUGGGCCCCCUCCGCUCGUUGGGCGAGGCCCUCCUCCAUAUGACGACUGAUCAGAUUCGAGCCAUAGAAUUCAGAGAUUUCGAGGCCAGCCUCCGCACAAUUCGCCCAAGCGUUAGCAGGGAGGGACUCCAGGAAUACGAAGACUGGGCAAGGCAAUUUGGCGAGCGGGGCGGGUGAUAUGCCGGUGAGGCGGUUAGGCCAGCUCGACAGAAUUCGUACUGUGAUAGGAUGAGACAACACGAUGCGAAUGGUGAUGUGACGAAGAAACUUAAGAGUGCUGCGCGAUGGGCGAGAAUACGAUACCAAGGAUUCACCGUUUGAACUCUAUGAGGGUUCCGUCGACGUGGGAACAACGUCACGAGAUAUCGAAGGUAUCAUUGUACAUAGGUAUACUAGAGCAUGAACAGGUUUGUGAUUAGUAGGCCGCUGAAUUUUCCCUGCGCGAUCCUGGACGACAAAGCGGGAUAGGGCAAUGAAUCGGCAUUUGACUCGGAGCUUUUGUUCCUCCUUUCUCAUGACGUAUAGAGGUCUUGGAUUCAGUCGACAUUGUCGGGUACCGUAGGUGGCGGAGGUUGACUAGCCUCACGCGCCGCCCUCUUCUCUAUUCUUUUCGCUUCCUUUGCAAGCUCUCGGUCAGCCUUUUCCUGCUUGAGAAUCGCGGCCUGCUCAGCCCGUAGCGCGGCCUGUUCUGCCCGCAACGCACUCCUCCGCUCGUCCUUGGCAGCU